GAGCAUUUUUGCACUUAUAUUUUAUAAAUAUACAACCUCUUCGAGUUUUAUACACAGUGUCUGGCGUUGCGUUUUUUUUGUGUGCGAUAUUUCGUCAAAAUAUGACAAUUUCGAGUGACCGUGAAUUUCCAGUGUCGCGCGAACGUACAUUCCGCGAUUUUGUGCAAAAUUUCACGUAUCGUUUGUAGUCUCUUUUAUAUUAGUGUGCGGUAUAUAACUUUGAUUAAAUAAUAUAUAUGUUAACGAAUAUUUGUAUCGUUAACGGUGAAUAUUUUGUCCACUCGAUGAGGUUAUGUUAUGUCUCUGGGCCGAAGAAGAAAUGGCACAAAGAUUUCCUGUGCCAAAUACAGGAAAUAAUGGGCCUCCUCCUCAGAGAUAUCCACCAUCAUCUGUACCGCCAAAUUUGCGCCAGUAUUCUGGACCUAAUUUUACGAUGCAGCAAAGAUCUGGCUUUACACCACCACCUCAAAUGGGCAAUGCUGGACCUGGUCCUGGAGGUAUAAUGAGACCGAACCAACCUUACUCAAACAUGCGUCAAGGGCCAAUGCCUACACCCGCAGUUGGAAAGAGAAGUGCUGACCAACGUAUCCCUAUGUCACAGCAAAAACCUGAUUUUUCACAUUCCACAUCGAAGAAGAAGAAGAAACUGGCGGACAAAAUACUGCCUCAAAAAGUACGAGAUUUAGUGCCGGAGUCACAAGCUUACAUGGAUCUGCUUGCAUUCGAGAGGAAAUUGGACGCGACCAUAAUGCGAAAGCGGCUCGAUAUCCAGGAGGCUUUGAAGCGUCCGAUGAAACAAAAGCGAAAAUUGCGGAUUUUUAUCUCGAAUACAUUUUAUCCGGCCAAGGAAGCCGGCGAAGGGGAAGAAGGAUCUGUGGCAUCCUGGGAACUUCGAGUCGAAGGUCGUCUUUUGGAUGACACGAAAAAUGAUCCCAAUAAGGUGAAACGCAAGUUCUCGUCUUUCUUUAAAAGCUUAGUGAUAGAGUUGGACAAGGACUUGUAUGGUCCUGACAAUCAUCUGGUUGAGUGGCAUCGUACAUUAACCACCCAAGAAACUGACGGCUUUCAAGUUAAAAGACCCGGUGACAAAAACGUACGCUGCACCAUACUUCUGCUCCUUGAUUACCAACCGUUGCAGUUUAAGUUGGACCCACGACUAGCGCGAUUAUUAGGUGUGCACACGCAGACACGGCCCGUCAUUAUAUCCGCUCUCUGGCAAUAUAUAAAAACGCACAAGCUCCAGGAUAGCCACGAAAGAGAGUUUAUCAACUGUGAUAAAUAUUUGGAGCAGAUUUUCGCUUGUCCGCGAAUGAAAUUCGCCGAGAUUCCACAACGACUGAAUCCGCUGUUGCAUCCGCCCGAUCCUAUCGUGAUAAAUCAUGUCAUAAGUGUGGAAGGCACAGAAACAAAGCAAACUGCGUGCUACGACAUCGACGUGGAAGUCGACGACACGUUAAAGACACAGAUGAACAACUUCUUGCUGUCUACCGCGAGCCAACAAGAAAUCCAGAGUCUCGACAAUAAGAUUCACGAGACGGUCGAGACGAUUAAUCAAUUGAAGACGAACCGUGAAUUCUUCCUGAGUUUCGCCAAGGAUCCGCAACAGUUUAUCAACAAGUGGAUCAUUUCCCAGACCAGAGAUUUGAAAACCAUGACGGACGUCGUUGGUAAUCCGGAGGAGGAACGAAGGGCCGAAUUUUACUAUCAGCCGUGGGCGCAGGAAGCGGUUUGUCGUUACUUCUACACGAAAGUGCAGCAAAAACGGGCGGAAUUGGAGCAAGCGUUGGGUAUCAGAAACUCGUAAAGAAAAAAAGAAGAAAACUGUCGGAAUCGUAUCGGCGGUCCCUUGUCGUAAAAUUAUGUAAAAUAUUCGUAAGUGUUCGCAGCCUAUUACUUAGAACACAGCGCUAUUACAUCUUGUCCCUUAAAACAUAUAUUUGUAAUAUUAUUAUUUGUAAUACGUACUAGAAAUUGAUCUAAAUAUGAAUAAAAUCACAUUUAUCUAUUGUACAAGGUAAAUUUUACGGAUAUAUAUAUAUAUAUAUAU